AUGAAUUUAUUAAAAAACUUAACAACUCAAAUAUCAAAAAUUAGUUCAUCAAUGUUUUCAAAUACAUUUAAACAAAGAGCAGUUACACCAAACACAGCAGACCUUGCAAAAGAUAGAUUAAAAUUUAUGAUGAAGAAUAAAAAUAAUGAAUUUGUUUCACCAUCAAAUAAUACUUCAGCCAUGCCAUCUUCAAAUAUAUUCCAAAAUGAUAUGAGUUCAAAAGAGCAACAUAGUCUAGAGUUUGACAAACACAACAACAACAACAACAACAACAACAACAACAACAAUAAUAAUAAUAACAAUAAUAAUAUACAUAUUAAUAAAACAAUAUUAGAAAAACAACCAGAACAACCACAACAAAAAAUAAUAGAGUUAAUUAAUAUAAAAGGAAUUGGCCCAGUAACUCUUAAUUAUUUAAAAUCAAAAGGAAUUUUAACUGCUAAUGAUUUAUCUGUAAUUUCAGAUUCCCAGUGCGAAGAUUUAAGACCAAAAGUUAAACAAAUUUUUAAUAUAAGAAAAGAAGCUCAAGUAAUUUUAAAUAAAUAA